GUUGCUGUGCAAUCGUUGUGGCGAUCCGUUUAGUGAGUGAAAGCGUCCCAGUGGGUGGAGAGAGAGAGCGAACAAAACGGAAAAAAAGUGCGGAACCGAAGCUUAAUUGGCAAAUUGAAGAACUGAGAGUAUACCCAGUUCCCAGCUGAUUUUUUUAUUCUUUCUUCAGGGAAUUGCAUUGAGAGAGCGCAGAAAUGGCCGAUGAAGCACAAGCACCACCAGCUGAGGGCGCACCACCAGCAGAAGGUGAGGCACCACCACCAGCCGAGGGAGCCGAGGGUGCCGUCGAGGGCGGAGAGCCCGCACCACCAGCAGAGCCCGCUGAGCCCAUCAAGCACAGCUACACGCUCUUCUACUUCAACGUGAAGGCGUUGGCCGAGCCCCUGCGCUACCUGUUCGCCUACGGCAAUCAGGAGUACGAGGAUGUCCGCGUGACUCGUGAUGAGUGGCCAGCCCUGAAGCCAACCAUGCCCAUGGGACAGAUGCCUGUGCUGGAGGUGGACGGCAAGCGUGUACACCAGAGCAUCUCGAUGGCCCGUUUCCUGGCCAAGACCGUCGGCCUAUGCGGCGCCACUCCGUGGGAGGAUCUCCAGAUCGACAUUGUGGUUGACACCAUCAAUGACUUCCGUCUAAAAAUUGCAGUCGUCUCGUACGAACCGGAGGACGAGAUCAAGGAGAAGAAGUUGGUCACCCUGAAUGCGGAGGUCAUUCCAUUCUACCUGGAGAAGCUCGAGCAGACCGUCAAGGACAACGAUGGUCACCUGGCUCUGGGCAAGCUGACCUGGGCCGACGUCUACUUCGCAGGCAUCACCGACUACAUGAACUACAUGGUCAAGCGUGAUCUGCUGGAACCCUACCCAGCUCUGCGCGGUGUCGUGGAUGCCAUUAACGCUUUGGAACCGAUCAAAGCCUGGAUCGAGAAGCGUCCCGUCACCGAGGUCUAAGUUCAUUGAAACACGACUUUGGAUGAAGGGAAACCAUUGCACACCACUCAGACACACCACCCGCACUGCAGAAAUGCAACACACCAACCCACAUCUGUACACAUUUUGUUCCUUUUUGCGGAGGAUCCGAUCCGAGGAGCAGCGGAUUUUCGUACGGGGUCAUAGACGCGUAGGAGUUUAGCACGUAUCACAAUGGACAAAUCGUAUUUGUUCUUAAUUUCUUGGUUAAUAAUUCUCUUUGCAUGGCGCUAUAUACAUAUAUUUCUAUUGGGAUCCGCUAGCGGAUCAAAGUUCGUUAGCUACUUCUGUAAUGAUGAAAGAUAAUACUUAUUGCACAGUUUAUAAUAUUUUGGCCAACCUUUAGAACAUACAUUUAGCGCACUUAUUCAGAUGCUUACUGUAGCUAUAUAUAUAUACAUAAAAAAUAUACGAGUGGUUCAUCUUUUAGACGUAAUCUAUUAUAAUUAAUUCACUGCGAAGAGCUCAACAAAUAUUUAAACAAAUUCAGCGAAAGCUAAGAAACAAUUACAAAUUCUUUUCUUUUUUUUUAUACGAAACGUUCGCGGCCCCAGGUAUUUUCUUCGUCUCAUCCAGUUCCCAAUUAAGUAAACUCAAAAAAAGACUCACAUCAAUAGAACCGGACUCCCAAAAAAAUUAACUAAACAAAUUAAAGGAUAUGGAAAAUUAUAAUAAGAACAGACUUUAACUGCCAAAUUUCAAAUGCACUCAAUCACUUACAUCAACUUAUACAUUUUAUUUAUUAAAAUUUGUAAUUGUAUUUUUUAAAUAUUUUCACAAAACACACUUAAAUAAACUAAACACCUAAAAAGGAAUGAGCACUUUUCGAAAGCA